AUGCCUGGUGGAAAGGGCAAGUCUUCUGGCGGAAAGAGCUCCGGCGGCAAGACGAGCGCUGCUGAGGGCACCAAGAAGCAGCAGAGCCACUCUGCUCGUGCUGGUCUUCAGUUCCCCUGUGGCCGUGUCAAGCGUUUCCUCAAGCAGAACACCCAGCAGAAGAUGCGUGUGGGAGCCAAGGCUGCCGUGUACGUUACAGCUGUUCUGGAGUACCUGACUGCCGAAGUCCUCGAGUUGGCAGGCAACGCUGCAAAGGAUCUCAAGGUGAAGCGUAUCACGCCCCGCCACCUCCAGCUUGCCAUUCGUGGUGACGAAGAACUCGACACUCUGAUUCGUGCGACAAUCGCCUAUGGUGGUGUCCUGCCACACAUCAACCGCGCCCUGCUGCUCAAGGUCGAGCAGAAGAAGAAGGCCAAGGCACUUGAAGGCUAA